AUGGCGACGAGGGCCCUGUUUGAGCAGGUGCCUUCUGGUGUCUCAGACACGGGUGACUCAGACGACGAGGGACACGACCGAGGAUCUGCAGCCGGCCCUGCCGCUCCGCUGGCCCCUCCAGCACCCUGCCUCGUCCAGCCCCCUGCCUCCUCCAGCCCCUGCCUCGUCCAGCCCCUGCCUCAUCCAGCACCUGCCUCGUCCAGUCCCCUGCCUCCUCCAGCCCCUGCCUCGUCCAGCCCCCUGCUCGUCCAGCCCCCUGCUCGUCCAGCCCCUGCCUCGUCCAGCCCCCUGCUUGUCCAGCCCCUGCCUCUUCCAACCCCCUGCUCGUCCAGCCCCUGCCUCUUCCAGCCCCUGCCUCGUCCAGCCCCCUGCCUCGUCCAGCCCCCUGCUCGUCCAGCCCCCUGCUCGUCCAGCCCCUGCCUCUUCCAGCCCCCUGCUCGUCCAGCCCCUGCCUCUUCCAACCCCCUGCUCGUCCAGCCCCUGCCUCUUCCAACCCCCUGCUCGUCCAGCCCCUGCCUCUUCCAGCCCCUGCCUCGUCCAGCCCCUGCCUCGUCCAGCCCCCUGCCUCGUCCAGUCCCUGCCUCUUCCAGCCCCUUGCUCGUCCAGCCCCUGCCUCGUCCAGCCCCCUGCUUGUCCAGCCCCUGCCUCGUCCAACCCCUGCCUCGUCCAGCCCCUGCCUCGUCCAGCACCCUGCUCGUCCAGCACCUGCCUCGUCCAGCCCCUGCUCGUCCUGCCCCUGCCUCGUCCAGCCCCCUGCUUGUCCAGCACCUGCCUCGUCCAGCCCCUGCUCGUCCUGCCCCUGCCUCGUCCAGCCCCCUGCUCGUCCAGCACCUGCCUCGUCCAGCCCCUGCCUUGUCCAGCCCCUGCCUCGUCCAGCCCCCUGCUUGUCCAGCCCCUGCCUCGUCCAGCCCCUGCUCGUCCAGCACCUGCCUCGUCCAGCCCCUGCUCCUCCAGCCCCUGCCUCGUCCAGCCCCUGCUCGUCCAGCCCCUGCCUCGUCCAGCACCUGCCUCGUCCAGCCCCCUGCCUCGUCCAGCCCCCUGCUCGUCCAGCCCCUGCUCGUCCAGCCCCUGCCUCGACUGUGGCUGAAUCCAGAAGAGCUUCUGAAAAUGUGGAGGCUAGAUCCUAAUCCAGAUGUGCUGAACCAGAAUCUCCAGGUGAUAAUACCAGGGAGUGUGGCUUUUCCAAAAUUUCCUCCGGACACGGGGACACGUUCUGUGGGCUGGAGUCCGAACAGCACUGAGCUCAGGAAGUGGGUGAGAGCCUGCUGCACCACGUCGUCACCUUUGUGCGGGGACCUGUCCGAACACCUUCCACAGUGCAGCUUGCGCUGCUGUCUCAUAGGGAUGUACCCGAGGCCCACGGGGACAGUCACUCGGCACAACACCGAGAGCCUAUGUGCCUCACGCCUGCGUCCCUCUGCUAUUGAGCUAUAA